UCAAACAAUUAUUCUGUACUAAACAUCGAUGAGCGAGUAAACGCCAUGAAUUCUAGCCUUGAAACCGAAAACAUGCCCGCAGAAAUGACACAGAACGGUGAAUCCCACCUGGAAACGGCGGCGGAAGUGGCGCACAAACCAACGGUUGAACUUGGUAGCGAAAAGGCGUCAAAAAUCACUGAAAAAAGUGCCAAGAACCCCGAUAUAAAGCCAGCAAAAAGUAACAAAAAGCUCAAGGAAGAAGAAAAAAAGCUUAAGUUAUUAUUCAAAUCAUUCGAAGAUUUGGAAAAUCCCGAAGCGAAAAUGGACGCCCUUGGCAGGAAACAUUUGCAAUUGAUAUCAGAAAAUAAAAUCACAGAAGUAAGGAAAGAUGAAUUAGAGAAGAGAUUGGAAAAGGUCUCACGAGAAAGAGAUCAGCUGCAGUCAGAGUUUAACAAAGCAAGUCUGGCCAAAAACAAAUUGGAAAGUCUCUGCCGAGAAUUACAACGUCACAGCAAACUUGUUAAGGAAGAGAGUCAGCUACGCUCCCAAGAGGAGGAAGCCAAACGAAAGGAACUUUCAGAAAAGUUUCAGACAACAAUCAAUGACAUCUCUGAACAAAUGCAAGAAAACUUCAAAGCAAACCAACAGCUGAAAACUGAAAACAAUGAACUUGCUACUCGACUGAAAGGCUUGGUUGAACAAUAUGAAGUCCGUGAAGAGCAUGUGGAAAAGGUAUUCAAACACAAGCAGCUUGAGCUGCAGUUAGCAGAAGCAAAAAUGGCCCAACAAAAUCUGAAGUUUAAUGAGGAUAAGGAGAAGACCUUGACAGAGAACCAGUUGUUGAAUAAGCAAGUGGUAGAGUAUAAGAAGCAGUGUGACAUCUUGACAAAACAGGAAGCAGAGAUGAAAUCACAGCUGGCAAUGUAUGCAGAGAGAUUUGAGGAAUUUCAGAAAACACUCAAUAAGAGCAAUGAAGUAUUUUCAACAUUCAAGAAAGAAAUGGAUAAGAUGACAAAGACGAUCAAAAAACUGGAAAAAGAAAAAGUAACGUGGAAAACGAAAUGCGAAAACAGCAACCGUUCAUUGGUGCAAAUGGUAGAUGAGCGUGAAAAACAGAAAAAAGAAAUGGCUGCUUUGCGAUUGAAAAACGACAAGCUUGAAAACCUUUGCCGUGCGCUGCAUAAGGGAGCCAAAGUCACAGCUGGCGACUUCAGCAAGGCCAAGGAAACCAGUUCCCCCAUUCCUCACCCAGAUGUCGAAAGUUCCGACGUUACAAGUACAAAACAGGAAAACUGCGAGGAAACAACUUCUGGAGAAGAGGUAAUAUCGAGUAAAGAAACGACUGAGGCACCUGAGGAGCAAGAAAUCGAGAAAAGAGACAACACAACUGAAGAACGAAACUCUGAUGAUUUUGUUCACAACACGAACAGUGACGACGAACCGGAUGCUGAAAGUACGAUUGAAUCCGACGAUUCUCCGAUUGCUUCCGAGACGACUACGGGCAUAUCCCCCGAAACAUCCAAUACUUUCGACGAAUUUCCGACUGAGUGCGAAAUUAAAACCGAUGACACAGAAGUAACUUUGGCUGCAAAUGAUGGUGAAACUGGAAUUCACGAUGGUUCGAACGGAUGAAUAUUUUUAAUUAUGUAGAGACAAUUGAUUAUAGGAAGCCCAAAGCUUACUGUUUGCCUCUGUAAAUUAAAACGAACUUAUCGCAAA